GGUCAUUUGAGGAGCUUCGUUCGCUUCGUAUCCUGUGCAAGUCGUUAUUCCAUAUCGCCAUCGCAUCAUGUCUACUGAAACUGUCGCCACCGCUCCCGCGGUCUUCUCCGCCAAGCAGAGCGUCUCCCACCCGCUUGCUCCUUUGAAUGCGUCCGAGAUCACAGCUGCGUCGGGUCUGAUCAAGGCGUCGUGGCCUGCGCAUACAGAUUUGCAGUUCAAGGCAGUUACACUCGAGGAGCCGCCCAAGUCUGAGGUUUUGCCGUAUCUGGAGGCGGAGCACAGUGGCAAACCACUACCGAGGGUCAGCAGGAAGGCGUUUGUGAAUUAUUAUAUUCGCAACACUAACAAAUUCCAUGAAGCGGUGGUGGAUUUGUCGUCAGGCAGAGUGCUACGAAAUGUGCUACUAGGGCCAAACUUCCACGCUGGUGGAGACGGAGAGGAAAUCAUGAGAGUCGAGCAGAUCGCGCUUGAGGAUGAGGGGGUAAAAGCUGAGAUUGCGAAGUUGAAGCUGCCGGAAGGGACUGUGAUUAUCAGCGAUCCCUGGAUAUACGGAUCCGAUGGUGUCAACGACGAUGCUCGCAUGUAUCAAUGCUUUCUGUACAUCAGGGAUCCGUUGAACUCGGCUGAGGCUGACUCCAACCACUACGCUCUUCCGAUUCCGAUCUCCCCAGUCAUCACGACUGAGGAUAUGAGCGUGAUCCGGAUCGACAUCCUACCAACUGGCGUCGACAACACCAUUAAGGAGCUUGAGCCGUACCAGAUCAAGCCGCCGAAUGAGUACCUACCCGAGCACCAGAAGCUGAGGACGGAUCUCAAGCCACUGAAUGUCGUUCAACCCGAGGGAGCAAGCUUCAAUGUGACGCAAGAAGGAACAUCGAGUGUGCUCACGUGGCAGAAGUGGCAGUUCAGAGUGGGCUUCAACCAACGGGAGGGCAUGGUUCUCUACGACGUCCGCUACGAUAACCGCACUCUCUUCUACCGCCUCUCCCUCUCCGACAUGAACAUCCCCUACGCUGACCCCCGCCAUCCUUACCACAAGAAGUCGGCAUUUGACCUUGGCGACGUCGGCGCGGGCAUCAUGGCGAACAACCUCAAGCUCGGCUGUGAUUGCCUAGGUUCCAUCUACUACCUCGACGCUGUGCUUUCUGAUGACAAAGGCGGCGUAACUCCAAUGGAGAACGUCGUCUGCAUCCACGAGCAAGACGCCGGCAUCGGAUGGAAGCACACCAACUACCGGACAGGACGAGCAGCCGUCGUGCGGUCUCGCGAACUGGUUCUCCAAUCCAUCAUCACCGUUGCCAACUACGAAUAUAUUCUAGCAUUCCAGUUCAACCAGGCCGGAGAAUGCAACUACGAGGUCCGAGCCACUGGCAUUCUCAGCACGCAGCCUAUCGACGAGGGUAUCGAAGUGCCCUUCGGCACAGUCGUCCACCCAGGCGUGCUAGCAGCCCACCACCAGCACAUAUUCUCUCUGCGUGUCGACCCCAUGCUCGACGGUUACCUCAACCGCGUAACCUACGAUGAAGCCCUACCAAUGCCUCGCUCAGAUUUCAACCCCCAUGGUACCGGCUACUACGUCCAGGAAACCGUCAUCGACCAGUCUGGCGGCUUCGAUCUCGACUAUGACAAGAACCGCAUCUUUAAGAUUCAGAACCCGGCUGUCCGUAACCCCAUCAACGGCAAACCGGUCGCGUACAAGAUUGUGGCGCCUCCCUUCCAGAAGAUGCUCGCGGACAAGGACUCCUUCAACCACAAGCGCGCAGAGUUUGCAGAUCACAACAUCUACGUCGUCAAACACCACGACGACGAGUUAUUCGCCGGCGGGAAGUACACGAACCAAUCUCGGGGUGGCCAUGGAGUGCGCGCGUGGGCAGACCGCAAGGAACCCGUGAAGGACGAGGACGUAGUGGUUUUCGUACAAUUUGGCAUCAACCAUGUGCCACGAAUUGAGGAUUUCCCGGUCAUGCCGUGCGAGAUUCUGAAGAUUCACAUGAAACCGGUGAACUUCUUUGACAAGAACCCGGCGCUGGAUGUGCCGCCAAGUGAGCAGAGUUUCAACAAGAGCACCUUGGUUAGCCAGUCGCAUCAGCAGACAGGAGCGGAGGCAACGGUGGGGGCGAAGGGAGAGGUGUGCUGCUCGAGCAAGUUAUAGGUGGAGGGAAUGGAAAGGUGGAAAGGAGCAAUAUAGUGAUUUGAGGAAUGAAUUAAUGGGGUAAUUGCAUGAUAGAUAUGAUCGAUCAUCAGACAGUUCUGGAGCAUAUGAAUAGCCCAAUACAAUUUCAAC